AUGACUCGACCUUUACUCGCGGUAGUUUCGAAGAAUUCUUUCUGGACCCUGAGUGUGGCCCAUGGAUCUAAGAAAUCACUUCAUCGACAAAAAAGCAGAGACUCUGUAGUUUAUGAUAUCCAUUCAAGGGAAUCCUUGAAGUCAAAGCAAGUUUACGUUUUUGGUUUCUCAGCAACUGGAGCUCUCGGUAAUGAGAAAUAUCUUGGUCUUCAUGGUAAACCUGGUGUUGGAGGUGUAUCACGGCCUACGCCUUUGGAAUGUUCGUCGUCAUUAGGUGUUCCGUUAAAAGCUGCUUGUGGAUAUGGCUUCACAACAUAUAUAUGUAGAGGCAGUCAUGGGGAUUUUGGCGUCUACGGCUGUGGGAUCAACAGUGAUGGCCAAUUAGGAUCACAGUCGGUUGGAUUAAAAACCAAACUUCCUACAGGCAACUCAGUAAAUGUUGUUCCUGAACUUGUGAGAAUUGCUAUCUGUCUUGAUAAUACGCAAAAACAAAUAUAUCGUCCUUCUCAUGUGGCAUGUGGUCGAGCACAUACUAUUAUAUCCUAUGAAAAUUUGAAAGAGUCGAAUAGUGAUACACCUCCUCUUGUAUUCAGCCUGGGUAACAAUGUUUUUGGGCAGUGUGGAAGAGAAAUAAUUCCUGGCGAAAAGUACGAUCGUGAUGUGGAAGUUAUAACAAAAAUAGUCUUGCCACCAGAAAUAAAAUCUAUCAAACAAUUAGUUUGCGGUCAAGACCAUACCUUGUUACUCAGCUCAGACGGUGUUGUUUAUUCCUGUGGACUUGGAUCAGAUGGUCAGACUGGUUUAGGUCAUUAUAAUGUGGUUGAUCGAUUUACUGCUGUAAAAGGUUCAUUGGUAAAUGAACGUGUUUGUUUGCUAUCGUCUCGCGGUGAUACUGUUCUUGCUCUUACUGAAUCAAAUAAAUUAUUUGCUUGGGGUAAUAAUGAAUACGGUCAAAUAUGGCCAUUAGAUCAAGAUGUACAAGUUUCAGAACCUGUUCACUUAAAUUUAGAUCAUUGUAUUGUACCAGUAGAAUCUAAUUUAUCUUCGGAUAAUGUUCAUGUAGGUGAAAUACAAUCAAUUGCUUGUGCCGGUUCUAUGUGUUGUAUUGUUAAUAAAAUUGGACAGGUAUUCGUUUGGGGCUUUGGAUGUAUUGGAUUAGGUCCAAAGGUUACUUGUUCACCUCGUCCAACAUUGAUUCCACCAGGUUUAUUUAUACCAGCUAUCGUAAAUAGUGAAUCUUGUAUUAAUUAUGUUGCUGCUGGUCUACAUCAUUUUAUUGCCCAAAGUAAUGAUGGUUUAUUAUGGGCCUGGGGUGCUCCACGUGGUGGUUUAUAUUGUCUAGGCUUAGGUAAACAAAUUACAAGUAAUUCUGUUAAUCAAACCUACCCAGUUCCAUUACUUCUUCCAAUUAAAUCUAAAGAUGUAGUAUGUGGUGUUGAUCAUACUGUUGUGAUUGGCAAAUCAUUUGGUGUAAAACAAUCUGCAACUUUUAGCGAAAUUAAAUCUGCUUAUUAUGAUUUGUCGAAAUGCUUACAUCCAGACCGAUUACUUCAUACUAAUCCGGAGAAAUUGAGGAUGGAAGAAUUUCAAUUAGUCACGGCUGCCUAUGAAUUACUUCGUGAUCAGGAAACUCGAUCACAGUAUGAUCGAUAUUUAGCAAGUAAUUGCUUGGUCCAAACAGAUAAAAUCGAUAAAUCGGCAAACUUUGAUGCUAAAUUUCAACAUGCACGUAAUUUAUAUAUGCGACACCGGAAAUCCAGAACAUAUAAAUCAUAUCGACGUGGACCGGAUGAAGUUGUGGAAGAAUUUAGGAGCAAAAUUAAAACAAACGUCUACCCUAAAAAUAUAUCAGAUUAUUAUACAUGUGAACCUCAACCACGUAUAUGCACUCCAUUUUUGUUAACUAUUACGCUAAGAUUGCAUUUUAUAAAUACACCACCGUAUACUACUACUAACCGUGCAUCCUUGAAUUGA